GCCGGUAUUCGCGCGCAUGAGUAGUGUUGUUAACAACAGGAUCGUUUUUUUCAAUGUUUACUUCGAGGAGAGAGGGUAGAAGAAACUUUGUAGGAGUGUUUCCUGAACAAAAUGUCCCACCUUCCUAACAAGGUUGAAGCAGAGCUUCAGCCUUUGCUUGGACAACUGUUGAAGAGCAUAAAGGAGAGAAUCUCAGGAGCACCAUCAGUUGAAUGUGCUGAAGAGAUCUUGCUACACUUGGAGGAAACUGACGAAAACUUUCACAAUUAUGAGCUGGUGAAGUAUCUGCGAAACUAUAUAGACACUGCAUUGGGCUCUGUGAUUGAGGAGGAGACUGAGAAAUGUACUUCUGCAGAAGGCCGAUCUCUAGGUUCUGGUCAAGAUACACUUGUUCAACAAGUUACAAGGAAAACUCGGGAAUCUGAAGAAUACAAGGAGAUGAUGCGAUCUUUAAAAAAUACAAUGUUGGUUGUAGUUGAAUCGCUAAUAAAUAAAUUCGAAGAAGAUAAACUAAAGAAAGAAGAACUACACAAAAAGAAAACGCAUGAGCAGCACACUAGUUACUGCAUGGACAGUUGCUCUGACAGUGGAUCAUCAUUCAAUCAGAGCUACACGUUCAUGAAUCAGGAACAAUUACAGAUUAUAGUAGGAAAACUGGAUCCUAGCCAACCAAAGGAGAUUCGCCGGGAGGCUUUGCAGUCUCUUUGCUGUGCUCCUCCAUCUGAUGUGUUGAACUGUGAAUGCUGGAUUACUCUCCGCAAACACCUUGUUGCAGCUCUUUCAGAUCCAGACCCUAUAUUAAGUGAUAGAAGCCUACGAUUCUAUGCAAAAACAUUUUCUUCUUCAACGUUCAGUGCUACGAGAGAAACCUACACAAGUUUGGCUAAGCAUUUGGAGUCUUGCUUUACAUCACAGCAAAGUUCAGUUCCCACUCUUUCUGCUGGCAUGGAUAUAACAAACCCAGAUGUUGUGCGGUUACUUAAAAAGUUUCGCCUUCUUAAUGAGUUUCAGAAGGAAGUUCCAUCCUUUUGGAUACGCCAUCCAGAGAAGUUUAUGGAGGAGAUAGUGGAGAGCACUCUAUCAUUGCUGUCAGUAACUCAUGAACAGAGUUUCAGAGCUGAAUCCUCGCACCGUGUACUGAAACCUGUCUAUUUUCUGGCAUUGUUGGAUACUAAAGCCUCCUGGUUCAAUAAGUGGAUGCAUGGUUACUACAGCAGAACGGUGGUUCUAAGACUCCUUGAAAAUAAAUACAAGUCUUUGAUAACGGCUGCAGUUCGUCAAUGCUUAGAUUACUAUGAUUCAAAAAAUGUAGAGGAUGAUGAUACUGACAAUUUGUGUACCAUGCGAUAUCACAGAACCAAUGGUCGGAGGACAUAUUAUACAGGACAUGACUUGCAAUAUAUUUACUUUGUACAUUCACUUUGUCUUCUGGGAAGAUUGUUGAUGUACACGGAUGGUAGAAAACUCUUUCCUAUAAAGCUGAAAAACAGGAAAGAACCGGUGGCUCUGAUGGAUUUGUUAGUACUGUUAAUCCAGAUGAUGCAUCAGAACCAAAAAUCAGCACAGAAUGCAAAUACUACACAAAGAGUAUUUUUUCUUUCAGAUUCUUUUGCUCCUGCAAAUCUUGUGAUGGAAGUAUUGCGCAUGUUAUGUGGCCGAAAGGAAUGUGCUACUGAGUGCUUGUACAGAAACAUUAUUAUUGAUUCCCUUCUUUUUCCAAUAUCCACAUGGCUAAAAGAUGAUCAGAUGUUAGUUACCUGUGUUGAAACAGUGCUGAUAAACACAGCUGAUAUCUUGGCAAGGAUAGCAUCCACAGAUCGAGGGCUUUCGCUGCUGCUUUUUGGUGAAAAUAAUAAAUAUGCUGCAAGUAACUGUCCUUCUGCUGCACAACUAAUUGCUGAGUUCACCAAAAGGUUGCUUGAUGGAGAGGCUCCUCCUUUAGCUUCAACAGAGCCAUCCACUGCUCUGAAAGGGGCUUUCAUCUUUGUCUGUCGCCAGAUGUAUAAUACGUGUGAAGGUCUAGAUGUACUAAUGCCUUAUGGUUUGCAUGAAUCCAUCUCCAAAGCAUGGAAGAAGGCCUGUUCACUUUCAGAACGAACACCUACUCCAGUAGCAGGAAAUGAAUCAGGUGCAACAGCCCAGGAACUGCAAAAUACGAUGGUCUUAGAAGAAAUGCUGCUAGACAAUCUGCUAAACUUUGCUGCUACUCCAAAAGGUUUGUUACUUCUGCAGCAAACAGGAGCAAUCAAUGAGUGUGUGGUUUACAUGUUCAGCAGAUUCACUAAAAAGCUGCAGGUCAGCAAAUGUGAAAAGUUUGGAUAUGGAGUAAUGGUUACGCAGGUAGCUGCAACAGCCCCUGGCAUUGUGGCACUACAAAGUUCCGGAUUCAUUAAAGCCCUUGUAAUGGAGUUAUGGUCUGUUCUGGAGUGCGGAAGAGAUGAUGCAAGAAUGAUCAAUCCCAAACCAACACCAGUGGAGCCUAUAGACAGAAGUUGCCAGAAGUCAUUUCUAGCUUUGGUAAACCUACUGUCAUCUUUCUACGCUGUAUACGAACUGAUUGGCAAUAUGCCACUGCCAAAUAAGUCAGCAUAUUCCUUGCGUGAAGUGCCUACCUCAAUUGUUGAUUUAAUUGACCGACUGAUAAUUAUGAAUUCGAAUGCUAAAAUACACUCGCUGUUCAACUAUGAACAUUCUCAUAUGUUUGGUGUUAGGUUACUGAGUGUUAUGUGUUGCAACCUGGAUAUUCUUUUACUUUUAGAAUCCCAGUACCAUGUAUCAGAAAUUCUCUUGAAUGCACAGAAAGAAAAUGUUAGAGAAAGCUUAGAAAAUCCAGGAGAUUUCAUAAUUGAUGGCCUGUCUGUGGAGAGGAAUCAAAUACUUGUCCGCAUGAAUCUGAUUGGGGGACCGUCAGAACGUGUGUUGCCUCCAAGAGUUUUGCAAAAGGGGAAUGACCCAUAUCGAUGGCCACUAUUUUCCUCUUACCCUUUACCAAAGUGUUACCUCCGAGAACCAUUGAAAAAACCUUCUGUCAAACAAGAUAAUGAACUCAGUAAGUUGUUGAAAAAUUUGGAGUUGCAAACAGACUGGCUGGAAAGCUGUAAAAAGCAGUUCUGUAGAAUCAUGAAAUCCAAACCUGAUAUUAUCAAGGGAAGCAUACUUGCAGAAUUACUGGAAAAGUUUGUGGGUCAUUUCGCUGAUAAUCCAUCAGACUGUUUCUUCAGAUCAUAUGAAGUUUCCGAUUCUGGUGUCAAACGUCUCAGCCUUUCUCCUAUUCAGCAUCUUGGAAUAAAGAUAGUUGUCAGAUAUGGCAAGUUCCUUGGUUUGCUAAAGGAUGAUUCUGAUCAGGAGCUUGCAAAUUUACUGAAGCACUGUGAAAGAUUUGUGAAACAGCAACAAAUUACCAUAAGCUCCUCACUUCACUGUCUACAGGGUGGUUAUGUUGGACAUGACUGGUUUGCAUCUACUGCAUUUCUGAUAAUGUCAGGGGAUGGAGAGAGAACCCUAAGAUUUCUGCAACAAUUUUCAAGCCUUCUUGUCUCAGCAUUUCUCUGGUUACCACGCCUGCAUGCUUCUAUUCAUCUUUCUGUGCAGAAUGCAGAGUCUGGUAUCCAUCCAGUAUAUUCUUGUACAGCUUACUACAUUGAGAUGUUACUGAAGAUCGAGGUGCCACUUGUCUUUUCAGCUUUCCGCAUGUCAGGGUUCACUCCAUCACAGAUUUGUCAGCACUGGCUAUCUCAAUGCUUCUGGAACUAUUUAAACUGGACUGAGAUCGGUCACUACAUUGCUGUUUGUUCUAUCUUGGGUCCUGACUAUCAGGUUUACAUGUGUAUAGCUUUGCUGAAACACUUAGAACAAGAGAUUCUUCACCACAUGCAGACUCAGGAUCUGCAGGUUUUUCUCAAGGAGGAAGCAAUCCAUGGAUUUCAAGUUAGCAGCUACCUAGACUUUAUGGAAAAUCUGGAACAUUCCUACAGAGUGACUAUACUGACAGAGAUGGAAAAUAUUAAAUCAUAGUGAAUACAACUUAAAGAAUUCAGAUGUGACCACAGGAAUGCAGAGUUGUUGUACAGUAGACUAUUUCAAGCACAUGCAAGUGGCAGAAAUAUAUUAUUCAACCAAUUUUCUAUAAUUUCUACUGCAGCAAUGACGGGCAUUAGGAACACCAGUGCAAAUGCUUGUACUUUUAUGUGAUUAGUGCUUAAUUGAUUUUGAAUUGUUACUAUUUUUUUCUCAAUUCACAAAUUAACUAUGUUGCUUGUUAAUUUUACUGUGUUAUAUUUCUUAGAUUGUUAAUGCAAAACUGCUUUGCAUAGAUUUUGAUAUAUUCCUGCCCAUGCAGUCAACUGGAGUAUUGUUUGCUCGUAAUUUUUACAUUUCAAUAUGCAUUGUAAUGCAAAGUCUGCACUUUGAUCCAUAAC